AUGGAAGAUGAAUCCUGGAAACAAGCAAUGAAAGAACUAGAUCAAUUUGAAAGAAACCAGUUAUGGACUCUUAUUGAAAGGCCAAAAAAUUGUUCCGUAAUUAGAAUCAAGUGGGUGUUUCGAAAUAAGCUAAAUGAAGAUGGAAAAGUCAUUUGUAACAAAGCAAUAUUGGUUGCUCAAGGAUACCCUAAACAGAAAGGUAUUGAUUACGAUGAAACUUUUGCUCAGGUAGCAAGUGGUGAACUGGAAACCCUAGUCAUGGGAAGUCGUAUUAUUAUUAAUGAACUCUUGUUUGUGGAUCUGUUUGAGACUAAGUUUUUCGGUGUAAUUCCUUAUAUGAAUGGUGUUUGUCUUGAUGACUCCGAGGUGUCUCUGGAAGGGGCCAAAAAUGUCGUGGCUAAACCAAGCGCUGACCUAUCUGAUUUUUGA